AUGACUCUUGACGACGUUGAGCUCAAGGCCGGUCACGCUCCGGCCAACAUGGUCGGUGGCCGCCGCAUCUCCAACAAGAAGGACCGACGUCCUUCGGAAGGCCACGAGCGCGUCGACUCGGAGAGCUCAGAUGAGCCGAUGCCCAAGGAAAUCGUCGACGUCGACUUGCCGGCUAAGGUCAGCUUCAGGAAAAAGAGAGAAAGGAGUAUUGAAUGACUGGAAGCGGUUUUUAAAAAGUUGGUGAGGAAAAAGUGCUUGGAAAAAAAUUAAUGUGAAUAUAGGGAUUAACGAGAGAUAUAUUUGGCUCCUCUUGUUCAGAAAUUUACUUUCUAGAAAACCAUCUAUCUGACCACUUGAGGGUUUUUUCAAAUCAUCCUCCGACAAUCUUAUACACUCCCGAGACUUUUAGACAUCUAGCCCUCUUCAAGUUUACAUGAGAGUAGCUAAAUGAAGUUAAGUCCUUUUCUGAACUCUAAUUUGCAAUAAACAAGACAUUUUGCAGAUGGAGCGCAGUUAUCCGACUGCCGCGGUUCGACACACGCAUGACAAGCCGAUGCCGUCGGUGCAGCCAAAGGCGCAGAACCACCAGAACAUUGGCAACAACAAGGGACAGACUUUCCAGCCAAGAAAGAUCACCCACUAA